AUGCGCUCCAGUGCUGCCUGUUUACUCCAGUAUGAAGCAGCAACUUUCUCUCUCUCCGAAUACAAAAAUAUAAAUACAUGCAGUCAUUGUAGAUCACCGCCCUCAUCCGCCAUUUACACACAUGACAUUCAAACCAGCACACAGGCAAAGGCUACUCUAUACUUCGACAGAUCAAUAACCAAAGAACGAGGCCCCCUCAGUCUUAAUAAAGCCUUAAAAGCCAUUCACUUUCUAAUGGACAAUUCAUCUCUCUCUCACCCUCCCCAAGAACCCACCACCACCACCACCACCAAAUUAUCAUCCAAUGACAAAAGCAUCGAUAACAAUACCACCGCAACCACACCCACUACCGCCACAACAAGUGACACAAACAGUACCAAUAACAGCAUUGGCAAUAGCAGAAAGUGCAAAGGCAAAGGAGGACCAGACAACGGCAAAUUUAGAUACAGAGGAGUGAGGCAAAGAAGCUGGGGCAAAUGGGUAGCAGAGACCCGUGAGCCAAGAAAACGAACCCGGAAGUGGCUCCGAACUUUCGCCACCGCCGAGGACGCGGCACGAGCCUAUGAUCGAGCAGCCUUCAUCCUUUAUGGCUCCAGGGCUCAUCUCAAUUUGCAACCCUCAGGUUCCUCUUCCUCUGCUCAGUCCGGAUCAACUUCUCGCAAGUCUACCUCUUCCUCGAGCCAGACUCUUCGUCCUUUGCUCCCUCGUCCCCCAGGGUUUGGUUGUGGCUUUGGUUUCGCUUUCUCUCUCUCAAAUCCAAUGGCUUCUCCCUCUGUCACGGCAGCUUCAUCGGGAUUUACUCCAUACGGGGUUAAUUGUUAUUCGAAUAAUGUUGUUGGGUCGGCCUUACAAUGUUCUAGUACUAAUGAAAUGCCAGGGCAAAAUCACCAGCAAGUUAUGUUACAACGCUAUCUCAUUCAACAUGGGGCUAACACAACCAACCCCAAUAAUAUAUUUGUUAGUUCUAGUGUAGAUCCAGCAACAACAACCUCGUAUCAAAAUCAUUGUCAUCGUCUGCCGCAGCAUCAUGCGUACGAUGACGUUAAUGCGUUGGUGGGUUCCGUCGGGUCGAGUUUCUCUCUGUCUGGCAGCAAUACUCCUCCUUUGGUUGCACCAGCGGGUCAUCUUCUGCAGGAUCCGGUAAUGCAUAUUGGACCUGGAUCUCCAUCUGUGUGGAAUGAUGACGAGUACCCACCGCCUAGUAUUUGGGACGAUGAGGACCCUUUCUUGUUUGAUUUUUGAUAGUUGCUGCGGGAUUUGCAUGGGGGUGUCUUUUGGCAUACCGCAAAUUUCAAGGAGAGGCCUAAUAAUUGAAGGAUGGUAUACAUGCAAGUUUUUAGUGCUGGAUAUAAGUUAAUCUACUCCUCUUUCCAUAGUUUCCAAUGGUUAAAUUUACUGGAUUCAGGUGCAAUUACGGGGGGCUUGGAGUGAUUUAUAGGUUGGAAUUUCUAAGAUGAAAGAAAUUUGAAAUAGCGGUUUUCUUUGCAAGUGUGGUUAUAAUCAAUAAAUUAGGGUUUCUUGGCAAGCGAUGUUGUCAGGCAUAUUUUUCCAUGUUAGCUUCAUGAUCAAG